GAGGAAAAUAGUACAGAAGAGGGCAGUAAUGAUACAAACAGGAUGCCAGCUGCCGUUAAAACCUUAAGAAGAAGAUGAAAAAGGACACUAGUUUACUUCCGCCGAUCGUACUAAAUGUGUAAAUGCUUCAUAUCUAAGACCAUAGAAUACCUUAAAGGGACUUUGUUCAUAUAGUAAAGCGUGUUUAUGUUCGCGUCGAGUACAUAACCAUGACGUGUAAGCGUUCGAAAACGACGUUUCAAAGACGGGAGCGCAGUAGCAAGUUCCACUGCUGUGUCCCGCAAUGUACAGCAUCUUCCAAGUUCAACUCAGUCCUCAGUUUCCACACGUUUCCCAAAGACAAAGAUGCGCAGGAGAGGUGGGUGGUUAAUAUUCGACGGGACAAUUUUAAAGUUACCCCAAAGAAACGGGUGUGUAGCCGACAUUUCAAAUGCAGCGACCUGAUCGAGCCUUUAACUUCAGUUGGACACAGGCGUUUGGAGAAAGGAGCCAUCCCGGUGCUUUUUCACUGGAACAACUUCACCGCCCCGGCCGAACAGCCUGGAGUUUUGGAAAAGAUAAAAACAGACCGACUGCAUAGUGAUGAUGAUGAUGAUGAUGACCCUUCUAUGGAUGCGAUUGCUCACACUUCACACCUUGAUUCCAUCCCCACCUCUGCAGCUCGAGACCACACUGAGGAUCUACUUGUGGAAAUUGCUUGUCUCCGAAAACAGAUUGAGGAGAUUUCCCUGAGUAGCAGGUUUUGUUUGGAGAGGUUCGCCGCAUCCGAUGAUGACAUUAGGUUUUACACCAGGUUUGCGACUCAUGCCCACCUAAUGGCCUUUUGGAGGUUGGUUGAGCCAGCAGCUGGCAAGGUUGUGCAAAUGAGCAGAGCACGGGCUGCCGCCAACAUAGAUGAGCUCCCUCACACUGCCGGUGCAACGUCUCUUCAACCCAUUGAUGAGUUUUUCCUGUUCAUGACCUUCCUAUCAUUGGGCCUGAUGCAGAGGGAUUUGGCCCACAGAUUCAGAAUCCACCAAUCCGCUGUGAGCCGCAUCAUCAACACAUGGGCUACAUUUCUGGAUAUGGUCCUCAGAGCUGUGGACAUUUGGCUGGACAAGAAGACAGUCAAAGCUCACAUGCCUGCCGUUUUCCAGCAUUACACUGACACCCAGGUGAUUUUGUACUGUGCUGAACUGCGUUGCCAGAUACCAAACCCUCAUCGGAGUCACUUACUUUCUACCUACAAACCUCAGUGGAAUUUUAAAGGGUUGAUUGGGAUGGCUCCUCACGGGGCUGUAACAUUCGUUUCAUCCCUUUACAAGGGCACCAUCAGUGAUCCAGAGAUUGUAAAGCACUCUGGUGUCGAGGCUCUUGUAAAUCCAAAAAUGGCAAUAAUGGUGGAUGAGGGUUUCCUGGUUGAAAACUGUGUGUCCUGCAAAGUCCACGUACCUAGCAUCCUGUCAAAGAGGGCACAAAUGUCUGGGUCAGAGGUCAGGAAAAUGCAGUCCCUUGCAAGAUUGAGACUCCAUGUUGAGCAGCUAAUUGGAAGGGUGAAGGAGAACAAGAUAUUUAGCACGGUAAUCCCUCUUUCACUUACUGGCAGCGUCAAUCAACUGUACUCGGUUGUCUGUCAUUUGGUCAACUACCAAAAUGGACCCUUAGUUACUGGCCUGACUAGAUGAAGGAUUAUAGAAAUGGAUGGUCUCUAAAUGUAUUUAGCUACUGUCAUCACUUGAGUUGAAUAAUUUUCUUGUUUUAUACCCUGCAGAAAAAUCCAGUUUAAACCAGCCUAGGCUGGUUGGCUGGUUUUAGCUGGUCGACCAGGCUGGUUUUCGAGGGGUUUUGGCCAUUUC